GCCCAAACCAUUGUGGGAUUCCGCGAUCCACCCUCACCCACGUGAUGCCAACGCCGACCAGGGUUUGCUCGGGGCGGCAUCAGAGCUCGGCUCUGUCCUGGCAGCCCGCACCUUCCCACGACCCAGCUCCUAUUCCAAGGGCUCGUCCAUCUAUUUAAAGCACAGGGAGAAGGGGAAAAAUGCACUGGGAGCGUCGCGCGUGCGCGGGGGAGACGGCGCCAAAUAUUCCGUCUGCUUUCGAGGCCGAUGGCCAGGGAUCCCACAGCUCCUCAGUCCGGUUGUUUUCCUUCCCCGUUUUAGCAAGACGCGCCUGCAAACUCUCGGACCCUAUUAGGGGUUAGAAAACCAUCUGCCGGGUUGAGGGAGUAAAUCAAGCCCUUGAAAAACAGCCGCAAAAAAAAAAAAAAAAAAAAGCAGGAGCGGGGCGAGUUUUUCCCGUAGAAAAGCGUCACCAGCCAGAGCAGCCGAAACUUUGGGAUGGGAGCUCGGAGCCGGCCGUGCCGGGGGGAAGGGGAAGACAGCGAGGGACCAACAAGCAACCGGGAGCCGAACCACGCUACAGGAAGCCGUGGCCUCCGGUGAUAAAUAGGAGACCCGGGAGCACAGGAUGCGCGUAGGGUGAGCUCGGCGGGAUGAGGGGAUGUGAGCCGGCGUUGCCGAGUCCCUGUGUCCGUGUGUCCGUCCGUCCAGCCGGAGGGAUGGCCUGGAUGCUGCUGCUGCCGCUGCUGCUGGCGCUGGCGGUGCCGGGCUCUGGCGGGCAGGAGGCGGAGGUGGUGUGCGCCGACAACGCCUGCUACACCCUGCACCGGGAUGAGCUGGACUGGAAGGGCGCCCAGGAGCGCUGCCGGCACAACGGCGGCAACCUGGCCAGCGUGGGCAGCCCCGGCGAGGCCGCGCGGCUGCGGGAGCUGCUGGAGGCGGCCGGGGGGCACGGCCCGGCCUGGAUCGGGCUGUGGCUGCAGCGGGGGCACUGCGUCCAGCCGCAGGAGCCGCUGCGGGGAUUCUCCUGGGUGGCCGGAGGGACGCCCGGCAACUUCUCGGCGUGGGCGUCGGAGCCGUCGAUGACCUGCACGAGCGCCCGCUGCGCCAGCCUGCGGCCCCACGGCCCCCACGGCCCCGCCGGCUGGGCCGACCGGCCCUGCCGCCUCCCGCUGCCCGCCUUCCUCUGCAAGUUCAGCUUCCAGGGAAUGUGCGGCCUCCUGCCGCUGGCCGGGCCCGGCCGGGUCACCUACGGCACCCCCUUCGGGGUGCGCAGCUCCCAGCUGGCGGCCGCGCCCUUCGGCACCUUGGCGGAGGUGGAUUGCGAGGGGGGCCAGAGCCCGGCCUUCGCCCUCUGCAAGGGGACGCUGGACGGGGGGGGCUUCGCCUGGGACCCCCCCGGGCCCCUGUGCCCCGUGGCCUGCGCCCACCGCAACGGGGGUUGCCAGCACCGCUGCCUGGAGGUGCCCGGGGAGCCCCCGCGCUGCUCCUGCCACGCCGGCUACUCCCUGGCCGCCGACAUGGCCUCCUGCGUGCCCGAGGAUUCCUGCCAUCCCAACCCCUGCCAGGGCACCUGCCGGGCCCAUCCGGGUGGCUUCGAGUGCGGCUGCGAGGCCGGAUACACCCUGGCCCCCGACGGCCGGAGCUGCCUGGAUGUGGACGAGUGCCUGUCCGGGCCGUGCCAGCACCAGUGCCACAACACUCCCGGGGGCUUCGCGUGCCUGUGCCCGCCCGGCUACCGCCCGGCGGGGCCGGGUGGCCGCCUCUGCCACGACCUGGACGAGUGUGCCCAGCCCGGCGUGUGCCCGCAGCUCUGCAUCAACGUCCCCGGCUCCUUCCGCUGCGCCUGCCGGCCCGGCUACCAGCGCCAGCCGGGCGGCGAUUCCUGCCUGGAUGUGGACGAGUGCCUGCGGGACCCCUGCCCCGGGCCCUGCCGCAACUUGCCCGGGGGCUACGAGUGCGUGUGCCCGCCCGGUUUCCUCCCGGAGGAGGAGGGACGCGGUUGCCGCGCCGCAGCCACCGCCGGAGAGGAGCCCGCCGAGGAGGCCCCCGACGGCCCGCCGGGCACCGCGAGCAUCCCAGCGAGCACGGGCGCCCCGUGGACCGCGAGAACCCCGCGGAGCACGGGCGCCCCGCGGACCACGAGCAUCCCGCGGACUCUGGGAGUGCCCGCCGGGGUGACGCCGGCGGCCCCCACGGCGGAGGGAGCGGCCCCCGGCCCCGACGAGCACAGCGCCGACGGCCCGCGGCUGCUCCUCUAUUACAUCCUGGGAAGCCUGGUGGCCAUCCUGCUCCUGCUGGCCUUCGCCCUGGCCCUCGUGGCUUGCAGGAGGAGGGCCGCCAAGAAGGAGAAGCGGCCGGCCAAGAGCGCGGCGGAUAAUUAUUGCUGGGUGCCGGAGCAGCCCGAGAGCCGCGGGCAGGGCGGGGAGCGCAGGUAGGAGGGAGGCGGGGAGCGCGGGGGGGUCGAAAGUGGAAAUAAAAGGGAGGGGGGAUGCUGUGUGUUCAGUGUGAGUUCGUGCGGUGCUGUCCUGCCGCUCCAAGGGAAGAGUUAACCGGGGGGGAGGAGGAGGAAUGGGGUGGGAUUUGCCUGCCGGGGCUUCUCCUCGACUCUUCGGGACCUCGCCGUGCUCCAAAAAGGCAAAUAACAGCUAUGGUUCGGACUCCUAAAGGAAAACAGUUCGUUUCGAGUUCUCCUGCAGCCCUUCCCCACCCUGUCCUUUGCCAUCCCCAAAGCAUUGCUCCCCCCGUCUCCUACUCACGGCUGCAUUCCACCCCUUGGAUUUGCUUUGUUCUCUUGGUAAAGGGCUUGAAAUUCGGAUGUGUCUCACGGGGAGGUGAGAACUGACCCCUGCAGACACAAGCAGGGUGGGUUUGAAUGUUUAAUUUUGGGGUUUUUAUUAAAAAUCUGUCACCUCAGCACUGGGAAAACUGCUCAGCAAAGGGCCAAGGCAGCACCUGUACUGGAAAAAAAGGUAGGAAAAGCUGUGUUUGGAAGAGCCACCUACCCAUUUCCAGUGUAUCCUGCCUAAAUCCACUUGCAAAACACAGCAAACAAUGCUCUCCUUCGCAGCAACCGGAUGGGAGGCCGGACUUUUCCUGUUGGAUUAUUCUUUUUGGGUAGGAUCCCUUUCCUGGCUGCUUGGGCUCCGGGCUGAGUGUGUUUUCCCUCCCUCCCGUUGGAUGGUGGAUAUCUGCUCUCUGUUAUGUGUCAAACUUGUAACUCCACCCCAGCAAAUGCUUUCUCAGGGCACAGGUGCUCCCCAGGUACUUCCCCAGCUUCGUGGAGCCCCUCAGCCUCUUCCCAGACGUUUCAUCAGGAAUCCUUCCCAAAAUCCCGAGGGGCACAGGGACCUGCUUCCCAUCCCAUCCCAGCAGCGUUCCUUCCUGGUUUAUCCGUGCUCUGCGGGGGCAAAAAGGUGCUAGAAAAGAACAGACAUGUGAUUUUAAGGGUACAGCAGCUUCCUGAAGUUUCUGCUGGGUUCAUUGUCCUCGAGGCCUAAUUGCUCCAGGAGUGGGAAUUGAACACAAAGGAGUUUUCAGUAGGCAGCGACCUGCAUCCUGUUCUUCCAAGCAUGGAGGAAAACCCUUUCCUGCUGUUAUUUUUUUUUCGUCUUCGGGGCUCCAUUGUGAGAUGAAAACACAGCACAGGAAAAAUGUAGCUGAUAGGAAUGUUUUCCAUGUUCUGUCUGUGCUUUCUUUUCUCUGCACGGGCGGCUGGAGAAGGGGGAGAGGGCAGCGGUGGGAUUCUUAGAAAUCCUACAGAAAAUCCCUCCCCUGUCUGUGUUCUCCAAGGCAGGCACUGAACAAAUUAGGCAGAUUAAUUACCCCGUCAAAAUCAGGGGGACAGCCAACACACAUCAAAUUAUGCCGACUGGGGGAUCUGUGGGAAAAGACAGCCUUAAUUUUUAUUAAGGUGUCCACGGAUUGUUGGCUAUAACAGCAUAAACAAGAGAAAAGGAAGCACAGGGGUGGGACCAGAGCUGGUACAAACCCGAGGUGUGUUAUUUAUUCCAGAAAAAACGGUAAUCCCGAUUCCUGCUACAACCUCUGUGUAUUCCAGUGGAAUACAGAGGUGGGUCCGGCCUUGGGAAGACACUGAUUUGUGCUGGGCUUUGGUCUGGGUUCUCUCUGGUGGGCUAUUCCCUGAUGUGCAAUUCCACCUGGAUAAUCACACGGCUCCCUUUCUUCCUGCCACAAACCCAGCAGGACCAUUUUGGAUCCGUGUGCUCCUUAGGGAGUUGUCCAGGGACCAGUGAAUCCCACGGGAAAAGCUAAUAGGAAUGGGACUGGAUAGUUUGGGGCCCUGUCUUACAGAGGAUACAGGACAUUCAUCCUGGUCCAAGGUGCUUUUUCUCAUGGAGAUGAGUGUUUUAUUUUCCUGGGCCAGAAUUAAACACUUGGACUCAAAGGAUAAGGUUUUCCCACCUGUGGAAUAAGGCUGUAAGUUGCUUUCCGGAUGAAACACCAAUAAAACCUGAACAGAAA